GCAGCAGAAGAAGAGCAGCUAGCUAACUGUUAGCCUGUUAGCUUCCUCCGUCAUGGCGGAACUGAACCGACAGCUUCAGGAGUAUUUGGCUCAGUCCAAAGGCGGCGGCGCUAGGACCAUCUCCCAGUCCAGCUCCAGCUGUACGGUGGACCUGGAUGACCCGGAGCCGGUACCAGGGAGCUGGUUCGGGCGGUGGUCGAGCCCGUGGUCCGGGAGCCGCGGCGGCAGUCCGUCCGGCCAGAGCUCCGGCGGAAACAGCGGCUUUUCUUGGCCGUGGUCGGCCGAGCCGGACCCGUGCCUGCCGGGCAUGAGCCGCCGGCAGCGGCUGGUGGCCUUCGGGGUGUGCGUGUGUUUCUCGGCGCUGUGUUUCGGACUGUCGGCCCUGUACGCCCCGCUGCUGCUGCUCUACGCCCGCAAGUUCGCGCUGCUCUGGUCGCUCGGCUCGCUGUUCGCCAUCGCGGCCGCGGCGGUGCUGCGCGGCCCCAGCAGACUCAUCGCCGGCCUGCCCACCUCUCCCGGAGCCGCCGUGUACCUGUGCGCCCUCGGAGGGACUCUGUACGCGGCGCUGAGCCUCCACAGCACCGUGCUGACCGCGCUGGGUGCCGCCCUGCAGGUCACCGCCAUCGUCGGGUACGUGGUGUCGCUGCUGCCCGGGGGCAGCGCCGGGAUCCGCUUCAUGGGAGGGAUGGCGGCUUCUGCCAUCAAAAGGACCGUCACCGGGAAAAGCAUGCCGAUCUGACCGGGGACCGAGCGUCAGAGGCCGGGCACAUCUCACAGACAGGGUCCGGGGGCCCCCAGGAGCCGCAGAGGGGUCCCCGUCAGGAAGUGACUGUCGGUACAUUCCCUGCAGGCUGAGGCUCACUGACUGAUUAUUGAUUAUUGACACGUGCUGCUGCUCACAGGACCAAAUAAAGUUUAACAUGUUCAAACUGUCAAACUUUAUUUUCUCUCAUGUUUCUGUGCUGCAGGAAACAGACCACCGUGUGUGACCUCUGACCUCUGAGCUCACUGCAGACACUGCCUGCAGGAAACAUUCUCUCUUUGUUUGUUUGUUUGUUUGUCCCCACUGAAUUCUGGGAUUCACCAGUGUUUCUUAUUCCUGCUCCUCUGAGGUCAGAGAACAUUUUACUGGAGCUCCAGAUGAGACGAAACAUCUGUUCGUCCGUCAGCAGGAAACACAAGUUUUAUAUUUGAACAUUUAAAAAAUACAUGAAUUUCAAAUAAUCUAAUUUAAUUAUCAUUUAAAGUAAUUCAGGUGAUUAUAUUAUUAAAUCUGAAGGUUAUAAAAUAAAACUUUACUGUCUAACCCAGUUACUGAGCUCCUGAGCGUCGCUCUGCUGCAGUGUAACUGAGUAAAUAA